GUUUACUUUUAAAAAUCUAUCACAAAAUAAUUAUGUGAUAUUCUGAAAAUCUUAAAAAAAAAAAAAAAAUUGUUAAAGUUCAUCCUUCAGUUAUAAAUUUUUUUGUGAAAUCUAAAAAUUGCAUUAAAUUUGUUGUAUUUAAAAAUGUCUGCCUAUAGUGAAAAUGUUCAAGAACCCAAUUUCACGGAUAUUCCAAUGGUCAAUGUAUUUUCAAAAUGGCUAAAUUCAUUUUCUCAAAUUCCAACAUCAACUUGGUUCGCUCAGAUUGUUUUACUUAUGCUAACCUGGUACACGAUGAAGUUCACUUUUCGACUAGUAAUGUCAAUUUUAUGGCCAUUGUUAAUAAUAACAACUGUUGUGGUAAUUUUUCAUUCAAUCCAUCAUAUGGGACUUCAUAAUUUGGAAUUUUAUAUUUGUGAAAAAAUUGCACUAAUUUGUCAUUUAAUGGUAAGAUGCUUGGUAAAUAUUAUUGGAUUUUUUGUUCAAUCUUAAAAGAGAAAACGCCCCGGAAAUUAGUCACUUUAACUACGUUUAAAAAAUAAUCAUCACAAAACAUUGCCAUGUUUUUUGCAAAAUUGAUUAUAGAAACUUCAACUUUUUAAAUAAAACUUUUGUAUCCUUUUGGAAUUAAUGAUAAA